UGUGUGUGUGUGUGUGUGUGUGUUGCAGGGCCACGCGGUGGGGCUGGUGAAGAACCUGGCCCUCAUGGCGUACAUCUCCGUGGGAUCCCAGCCGUCACCCAUCCUGGAGUUCUUAGAGGAGUGGAGCAUGGAGAACCUGGAGGAGAUCUCUCCAGCGGCCAUCGCAGAUGCCACUAAGAUCUUUGUGAAUGGCUGCUGGGUGGGGAUCCACAAAGACCCCGAACAGCUGAUGAACACACUGAGGAAACUCCGUCGACAGAUGGACAUCAUCGUGUCUGAGGUAUCCAUGAUCAGAGAUAUCAGAGAGCGAGAGAUCAGGAUCUACACGGACGCCGGACGUAUCUGCAGACCACUGCUGAUCGUCGAGAAACAGAAACUCCUGCUGAAGAGGCGACACAUCGACCAGCUGAAGGAGCGCGAGUACAACAACUACAGGUACUGCAGUAACACUGCUACAG